UGUGUAGUGCACCCAACAGCGCGCAGAUUCUUACUUUUCACCAAGGCAUGUAGUUUGAUCCACCAGAAGAUAUAUCGAGCUGUGUUCAGGCUGGUGUUCGUGCACACCGAAAGAAUUUAUCUUGUAUUUGUGAUUGACAUCCGCCAGGCAACGAGUGUUCAAAAACAAGUAUCGGCCACGGUUGUGGCACUGCUGUGGUGCUUCAAGCCCGCUGUACAUACAGCCAAUGACACACUGCGGCAAAAGUCGCAAGACUUCAGUUUUUUGUGUAAAGCCACCUACGUGUAUUUGCUCUCUUUUUCUCCCUGGUAUUCACAAUGAGGCUCCUUUCGGCUGCCUGCUUCCUGCUCGGGGCAAGUGCAUGUUUUACGAGUGCUUGGGGUGCCCCAUCAGAAAAGGGACUUUCCAGUUUAGAGAAAGGCCCCCGACAUCUCACUAAACUUAGGCAAAUCAGUUCUCAUCAGCCACCCUCCCGGCUUCAGAAGAACUGGCCACGGUUUGCAGAGCCAGAACUACACUCUCAAACAAACUUGCUAAACGCAGACGCGGCGGAAUCGUUGGGCGAGUCGAAGGCAGGUGCCGAGGUGAAAGAACCCGCGGAAGAAGGCGCCGUUGCUCUUCAGGCACCCCCGGCAGAUGAUUUCCUGAUUGUUCCGCACACGCGAACCUACUGUGAGGGGAACUCUAUCAAACUUGCUGAGGACAUAUCGACGUCAGGGGCCAAAAGCGUUGAAGAAGCUCGACAGGCAUGCGCAGAGAACCCAGAAUGCAGUUUUUUCUCGUACGGCCGCGCACACACCAUCGAAGAACCUCUGCCCACAGGUUUCAAAACGGGAGUGCUGCCGGGCACGGGAGCCAGCUGGUACUGUAAUGGACAAGGAUGGAUGGGGUCGACGCGGACGGGAUACUGGGUGUUGAUGGUGAAAGGCAGCACCCUUCGUGCCGCUGCACCGAACUAUGCAGUGCAUCUGAACACUAGCGCUGGCAUAUGUGCAGGGGAAAACCGUAUCAAAGUGGUCUCGGGUUUGCUAUCGUUCUCCGAUGCCGCCUCAGCGUGCGAUGAGAAUCCCGCCUGUUCCUAUUUCGUUUUGAAUGCUUCAAGUUCCACGGAUGCACCUGGAACUCCACGGCAAAACGAAGCUCAUUUCUGCAGCGGUUCACCGUCCAAUCCUACUGGUGAGGAGGGCUGGAUUCUUGCCACCCGUAAACGCCUAUUGCAGCAACUUCGAGGAGAACCCGUGGACCUGGUGCCCGUUCAGGCUGGACAUCGACCUGGACGCAACGGCUCCAUCACUCAAGACGAGUACUACUAUAACAAGCCCUGUGGCACAGUUGUACAAGCUACGAAGAUUACCACAAAAACCUUCUAAUGUGGCGGCAGAGACCUUUACGAGCCGGUUUCGAGCCGCGAACGAGCUGUUCAUUCUUCAGCUUCUUCUCGAUGGAGAAAGCUACCAAAUGGCAUGGUAGAGGAAAAAACGGGUUUGCCGGACACGUUGAGCAG